UCAAUUAUGCCAAGAUUAAAUACUCCCAUCGUGUUAUCUAUAAUUAAUGAUAUUAAAGAAUUAGUAUUUGUAAGCAAUGAAUUGUAUUCUUGGAUUGGCGAUAUAGAACACCAGUCGUGGAAAUUUCCAACAAAAAGUGGCAGAAACAUUAAUGUCCUGGAAAUUGUAGAACUUCACAGAGGAUCUGCAGGAGAAAUGUACAUUCUGCUUCUUGAGCUUGCUUACGACAGAAUUAAUUUUGUUUUGCGGCUUAUUAUUGAAUUUAUGGAUAUUUACCCAUCAGUGGAGGAUUUUACGAAAGAAAUGAAAAAUGUGAAGAGGCCGAAGUACAUGUCAAUUGCGGCUCUUAUCAGAUUGAUUUGGGAUCGAUUGAAACGAUUUCCGGACUCUAUAUCUAAAAAAAUGGCGAAGAUGAAAGGCGUGGACUCGGAAUCUUUCGUGGAAAAAAUCUCGCGAAGUACGCAAGCUGUCGGUGACCGUGGUUGUUUCAAACAUUGCCGAAGUUGCUCACUUGCUGCUAGCACGAUUCUCGACCUGAUAAACGGAAUCGAGGCGACAUUUCUCGAAUACAAACUGCACUCAGCCGCAGCAGAGCAGAGAGAACUUAGCAAGUUUGGUCUCUGGGAUAAGAGCCAAUGGGCUGUAAUGAGCAAACUGGCGGAAGCAAUAAACCAGGACGUGAGGAUCAUCCUCGAGCUCGUGCGAGAUAACGCGCGAAUCAACGAAUCGGUGAAAAGAGAUCGCGAUAACACAGUCAAGAGGAUACAAGUAGAUAUGAAGAACAAGAUUUCCGAGUUUGAUAAGCUGAAAGUGAAGAACGUUGAACUCAAGAAGGAGAUAAAAAGUGUUACAGCUGAGCUGGAAGAAAUGCAGAAAAAUAAGCUGGAAAUGAACCAAAAAAACUUGGAGUUAACCUCAGCUUUACAGGAAGCAAGAAAAAAUAUGUCUGUUCUUGCCGACUGUAAUCAGCUAGUACAAAAUCAGCUAGUGGAAAUUUCUGACACUAAAAUUGCUCUUGAAAGAACUAUUCAGGCACUUAAGACAGAAUUGGAUCUUAAAGAAGAAAAAUGUGUUGAAAUUGAAAAAUUGCAAGGUUCUAUAAUGGAAUUAGAAAAGGAGAAUAAGUUUAUAAAAACUGAAUUUGAAUGUAAGAUUGAACAACUGGCGACGAACUGCUUGACUAGCAGGAAUAAUCAGAAUUGCAGAUGCACAGCAAGCGACGAAAAGUUGAUAAAAAGCAAUUCUAGCAGUUAUUCUCAGGUGAAGAAAGCCGUAAAAUCCGAUGAUAACCCAGAGGCUGACAUGACGCAGCAGUUUAAUUCAAAUCAACAGAAAAUCAAAGAACUCGUACGCCAAAACGAAAGACUCUCAAAAACACUCGAUCGACUCCGGGAACAUCGUCUUCGAGAAAUCGUGAGGAGUGACGAGGGUCAUUGAAAAACCAAUUCAGAGCUUGCAAGCCUUCCAUCAACAUAUGGAGGUUUUAAGGUUUAAGAAUAUCUUGAAAUUUAUUUUUAAAAAGAUUUAAGGGGCUUGAAAUGCACGGGGUUUCCCUAAAAUACGUGAUACGUCUACAAGGAUGCAUUGUUUAAUUUAAUAUUUCAACCACAUAAUGCAAAAGUAAUUUUAGUUGCAUGAGAAAAGCGAUUUUUUCAAAAAGUGUUCUUUUUUUUGGCUAUUGAAAAUUAAAUGGUUUUUCCCCUGCAAAAUGCAACGCGCCAGCUAACACAGUAUGCCGGGUUGCAGUCACCCUGAUAGUUUCAAAUUGCAUAAAAUCUUGAAAGACUGAUUUUUUGUCACUGAGAAUAAUACAUAAUAUAAUAACAUAAUAUAAUAUUAGAAAUAAAUUAUAAUAACAAAUAAUAAUAAUUUUUCAAUUGGUUC